AUGGCCACCAAGAAAAUCCGCAAGAUAGCUUUGGAGGAGGCAUUCCAGCUACCCGACCUCGCGACAAACAACAACAACUUUACCGCCCCCAAUGGCGCUUCGGACCUAACAGCGAAUUUGGUGGACAUUCACGAGCAACGAUUGAGAGGGAUGGAUGAGAAUGAAAUAUCCUACAUGGUACUGUCCCUUACAUCCGCUGGCCCUCAGGAUCAACGAGAUCCCGCUGCAGCUCAAGCCCUAGCCGAGCGAGCGAACAAUUACCUCGCAGAGAGAAUACGUCAAAACCCAUCGCGGUUCGGGGGCUUUGGGGCUCUGAGCAUGCAUGAUCCCCAGUCUGCAGCUUUGGAGGCCAGACGUGCGAUCAAAGAAUUGGGAUUUCACGGACUUCUGGUCAACGAUUUCCAAACAACUGGAGCCGACGGAGAAGGUGCUAUUUUCUAUGACCAGCCCGAAUGGGAUGUGUUUUGGAAGGAGAUUGAGGAGCUUGAUGUGCCUCUAUACAUCCACCCUAGACUGACUACCCCCGCUGCCACCGAGUUAUUCCUGACCGGAAGGCCGUGGCUACGAGGCAGCACCUUUUUCUUUAGUGUUGUAACCCAACUUGGAGGUGUAUCACUCCACGUUCUAGGACUCUAUGCCAAUGGUGUCUUUGAUCGUUUCCCACGCCUUCAAAUCAUCAUUGGGCACAUGGGUGAACACAUCCCAUAUCAGAUAUGGCGUUUCGACCAUCGCAUGAGUCUGUAUACGGAAGGCUCUCUACCUAAAGCAAAGAGGUCUCUCCGGGAUACCAUGAAGACCAACAUAUCAAUUACCACCAGUGGACACUAUGGAACACCGGCAUUACUGUUUGCGAUCCAAGAACUGGGAAUUGACCGAAUUAUGUUUUCAAUUGACUAUCCAUACGAAACAAUUGACGAAGGUGCAAAGUGGUUUGAUAGCAUAACAGAGCUGACUGAACAACAGAAGGAACAAAUUGCGUUUGGAAAUGCCAGAAAGCUGCUCAAGCUCAACCAGUGA